AUGGAACAAGGGAACCUCACAUGGGCAUCAGAUUUUGUCUUCCUGGGGCUCUCACAGACUCGGGAGGUCCAGUGUUUCCUGUUUUUAAUGUUCCUGUUUGUCUACAUCACCACUGUUAUGGGAAACAUCCUUAUCAUCAUCACAGUGACCUCUGAUUCCCAGCUCCACACACCCAUGUACUUUCUGCUCCGAAACCUGGCUGUCCUAGACCUCUGUUUCUCUUCAGUCACUGAGCCCAAAAUGCUAGUGGACCUCCUCUCUGAGAAGAAAACCAUCUCCUACCAGGGCUGCAUGGGCCAGAUCUUCUUCUUCCACUUUUUGGGAGGUGCCAUGGUCUUCUUCCUCUCAGUGCUGGCCUUUGACCGCCUCAUUGCCAUCUCCCGGCCCCUCCACUAUGUCACCAUCAUGAACAGUCAGCUCUGUGUGGGGCUGGUGGUGGCCGCCUGGGUGGGAGGCUUUGCCCACUCCAUUGUCCAGCUGGCUCUGAUGCUCCCACUGCCCUUCUGUGGCCCCAACAUUUUGGAUAACUUCUACUGUGAUGUUCCCCAAGUACUGAGACUUGCCUGCACUGACAUCUCCCUCCUGGAGUUCCUCAUGAUCUCCAACAGUGGGCUGCUGGAUGUCAUCUUGUUCUUCCUCCUCCUGACCUCCUACUUGUUCAUCCUGGUGAUGCUGAGGUCGCAUCCAGGGGAGGCAAGAAGGAAGGCAGCUUCCACCUGCACCACCCACAUCAUUGUGGUUUCCAUGAUCUUUGUUCCAAGCAUUUACCUCUACGCCCGGCCCUUCACCCCAUUCCCUAUGGACAAAGUUGUGUCCAUCGGCCACACAGUCAUGACCCCCAUGCUCAAUCCCAUGAUCUAUACCCUGAGGAACCAGGACAUGCAGGCAGCAGUGAGAAGAUUAGGGAGACACUGGCUGGUUUGACAGUGACAAAGGUAGGUUGCUUCUCUUUGGCUUUCUCUUCCCUUUGUGAAGUGGAGAGGGAGCUACUACAUCUGCUGUCUUCAUAGUGUGUUGAGAGUCAUCGUAGCAGGGAAUGAAUUUUGAAACUAAGCAACUUCGUGUUUUAGGAAAAAAGAAAGGAUCCUCUUUGGUGGUUAAGGUUUGUGAUAAAGAGUUUUAACACACGCGCAACAAUGAAAAUUGUUCACACGGCCCCUGAAAACCACGCCCUCCUUUUCCCCUUAUUGGUAGACAGUUUCCUGUUGACAGCAUUUCCCCUGUGAGAACAUUUCUAUUUUCAGUAUUUUGAGCCCUCUUCCCAAUACUCCCUUUUGGUGUGAGUCUGGGUUGUUGGGAACAGCACAGAAUUUGGAGGCUUAAGCUCUAAAUUAGAGGCCCUGACCCAUCAUUGACCAAACUGAUGACUUUGAAUAAGCCGCCC